GGGACACAGACACAGCCAUGCACAGACUGCUCCCCACAAGAGACUACUUCUGAGCAUAACUUCUCCUUCAAGGUCUCCUCUCCUUCCCAAACAGCAGGAGCCAUAGACAAGAACAAGAACAAGCACAGGAAGUGACAUCAAUGGAGCAGAACGACAAGGACACAUCGGAAGCUGAGAAACAGCAAACGAAUGGUCAAACAGAAGAAGCACCUCAAGAGACGACGACACCUGAAGAGCCAGCGAAUACAAGUGAGAAGAAUUCCGAUACAAAUGAACAAGAAAAAAGUGAGGACAAUGCAGAAAAGAAUGAAGAAGAAACAAUUGUGAGUAAUGGAGAUGAAGAGGAAAAUACAAAUGAAGAAAAAGAUGAAGAGGAGGAUGAAUUGGGCGAUGGUUUCCAGCCUUCGGUUGAGAUGUCAAUCCAGUUAUUUGAAAAGGACAAAGGGGAAAUCAACCGCCCUAUUAGCAGGUACAACACUGUCAGCUACAGGAAGAUUAAGAGAGGAAGCACAAAGCAGAGAAUAGACGAGUUUGAGUCCAUACUGGAUGUAUAACAGUGAAUGUAUGUUUUCAUGUGGUUCCUUCAAAAGUAUGUGAUUGUAACACAUGCUCACACACAAUCACAUGAACAGUAUUUUCUGACAGCUUCAUUUCAGCCUAUAUCACAUUUUUGUAGAGAUCAGUAGUUGUAGAAAUCACAUUUUAUAGAAGCUUCAAGACAACUGCCUCAUCUCUGAUUGAUUUUAAGUAACCCCUCAUUUGGCAGCGAGCUGGAAAAACAACAUUUAUUUGUCUACAAAUGAGAUUUUUCAUUCAUGAAUGCUCCUUCAAAUAACACGCAGUCUGUCUGACUAAUGCAGGCCUGAUCUCUACUGUGUAAGUAGUUGCCAAAUCACCAUUAAUGAAUUACUGGAAGAGCUUACAGUUACAUUAGCAUGAAGGGCAUUAUUGUAUUCCUGUUUAAAAUUUGAAUUCUAAUGUAAAUCUACAAGUUUCUAAUGUUGUCUUUAUGGUUUCAUGGCUUUGUAAAACAUGCUCACACAUUUUAAAACACAGCAAUAGACAUAAUAGCAGUUUAUCGUUUCCAUAUUCAGAUUUGUAUAUGUAAUGUCUGCAUACUGUGAUUAUAUCUUUGGACAAUUAGUAGUUUUCAUUGUUUUCUAUAAUGACAUAAUGUUACUUGAUAUCUGCCAUACUAGAAACUGCAUCUAUGUAAUCUGUAAUAGUUGUUGCAUUCAUGUAAAAGUUGUUAUGGCUUUUCUU